AUGGCAGUGGUACUCACAGUGCUGGUGUUAUUCGUAGCAGGUUUUGUUGCUGGAUUUAUAUUGUUGGUCAUGGGGGCGAUUAAUUUUGAUUUUUCCAACUCAGAAAUUCCUCCUGGAGUGAACCAGCCUGCAAAGCUCCGAAUCAUUCAUAUAAUUUUAAUAAGCACAGCUGUGGUGGGAAAGAUUUUGGAAAACAUUGGCAUCUGCAGCCAGGUGAGCUUUGUCCGGUACAUGCAAGGCAGAAAGACCCUGGGAGUGGACCCAAAGCUCUUCAUCAAAGAUCUGUGGUUUGAGAAAGUGCCUGUAAGGAUUUACCAGCCUAAGGCUCCAUCUGCCAGCCAAAGGAGAGGAGUUAUGUUUUUCCAUGGAGGAGGAUGGGUAUUUGGAAGCAUUGAGACCCACGAGAAGCUGUGUCGCUCUAUCGCCAGAGAAAGUGACUCUGUGGUUGUGUCUGUGGGGUACCGCCUGGCCCCUGAACACAAAUACCCCGCUGCGUACGACGACUGUCUGAGCGCCACCCAGCACUUCCUGCACCACCUGGAGCACUACGGCGUGGACCCUGCCCGUGUCACGGUCUGUGGGGACAGUGCUGGGGGCAACCUGGCAGCUGCUGUGAGCCAGACCCUUGCAGGAAGGUCAGACCUCCCCAAACUGCGUGCUCAGAUCCUGCUCUACCCAGCCCUCCAGGCCCUGGACUUCAAUUUACCCUCUUACCAACAGAAUCGGGGAGUCCCUUUGUUAUUCCGAGAACGUGCUGCUUUCUAUGUGUUACAGUACCUAAAUGGGGAUGCAACAAAUCUGGAAGAGGUCUUGGAAGGCUCCCACAUUCCUAUAGACGUUAAAUUAAACUAUCAAAAGUGGGUGAGUCCGGACAACAUCCCUGCGAAAUUUAAGCUCAGAGGCUACAAACCCCGUGUGCUACUUGACUGUACCACUGAAGUUUUUGAGAAGGUGAAGAGAUUCUGUGAGCCCAACCUGUGCCCUCUGCUGGCUGAAGACUCAGUAAUUCAGCAGCUGCCAGAGUCUUUCAUCCUGACCUGUGAGUACGACGUGCUGCGGGACGACGGCUUGUUGUACAAGAAGAGGCUGGAGGACAACGGCGUUCGGGUGACCUGGUACCACCUCGAGGAUGGGUUCCAUGGAGAUCAUCAACUCAUCACUUCAUAG